GUCAGUAGUAGGCAGACGACAUGAAAUCUAAUUGGAAAUAGCAAUGGAUUGAUGUGACUAAGUAGAAAAGGCAAAGUAGAAAGCAAAUGUUGGAUUGUGACAAGACUGAAUUUCGAAUGAUAGUGUUGUGAUGUUGUAAUUACUAAAUCGAUAGAAUUGUCUAUCUGGAAGUAUAUAUUUAGUUUGUAAUUAUCUUCUUAAGCUAAUAAUCUGAGGGGUAUUUUUGCCUUAUGGGCCAAAUUCCGUUUGGAGGUUUUAAAGACUGUCACCACUAACACAAGUUUAAUUGAAUCAAAUAUUUUUCAUGUAUACAAUAUACCAAUAUAAAAGAAUAAGUUAAAUUUUUGGUUGUAAUUAAAAAAAAGUUCAAUGGCUUUUCCUGGGGCUAAUUUUUUAAAGACUCCUACUGCUCUGGAACAAUUACUGGAAGAGAUAAAUUUUCAAAGAACAAAAGAAAUGCGGCAGCUACUGAAAGAUGAAUCAGGAUUUGUAGUGUUGCAAGGUUCCUCAUACUGGACUGAUCUAUUUGUGAGGCAUUUCCUGUUCCAAGCUGAACACUGCAUAGAUGGUGACGAUUUAUUAUUCUUUGUAAGGAAAAAACAUAUCAAAGGAUCUCCACGUUACAUGCCGAAGUAUGAGACGGAGGUGGAAGUUUACCGGAAGGACAGCCGUAAGCUGCCUAUCGGUGACCCGGAGUUGGACUGGGAGGAGACUGUAUAUCUCAACCUCAUCAUUCACCAGUUUGACUACACUCUCACACUCGCCAUCUGCACCAGAACAUCACCUAAGGAGCUGCAGGUGCUACGGCGGCACUCCCAGAAAGUCUAUGCCUCUCCUAGUCGUCGGAGAAUGGACACUAAAGGGGAAGUAGAAGAGAUGGUCUACCCCCACGUGUGCUUUAUGGUGGAUAAUUUUAAUGAGGUGUUCUGUGAUAUUCUUGUGAGGGACGGUGAGAUGGUGUGUGUAGAGUUGGUGGCAGCAGACAGGUCGGGUCACAUUCAAGCUGUCAUAUUCUUGGGUUCCAUAAGAUACGACGCUCUCAAAAGAGUCUAUGAUGCCAGGGCUAGUAUGAGCAGCAAGAUGGCUCAGAGGAUGACAUUUGGUCUGUUCUCAAGUCAGGCAGCUCAGAGGGUUGAGUUUGUGAGGAUGAAAGGACCUCAGGGCAAGGGGCACGCAGAGAUGGCCGUCACUAAACCAAAAGGCUAUGGAGCAGAGACACCUACCUCUGAGCCGGGACUGUGUGCCAUCGACAUGUGGGACUCUGACUGGGACGAGGAUCCUGAAGACUUCUACGUCUACAGACAUCAGAGAAGACUGAGUGAUCCAAGCGCCAACCUGAACAACUUUGUGCGCAGCGGAUGGAGAACCAAGGCUUACGAGGCUAACGGCCCCGGAGCUCGCACUCGGUCCGAGAAUGACGGACUGGACUGUAUUGCAAAUGGAGUGGCUGAGAUAGAAGCAGGGGAUGUCAGAGACGAUUGUUCGAGCGUUGGUUUAGUUUCACCACUUCCCGCCACUUCUCAUUGUUCUUGUAAGUGCAUGGGCAUGCGAGCACGUUCGGAAAUUUGCAAGCCUUCGACUUUGACGGCCGACAGAGAGAGUGAGUCAGAGACGGAGGCUGGGUCCAAGAAAGACGAGGAAGACAGUGACGAAGACGAGUUCCAUGAUUGUCUAUCUUGGGGAGAGGCGGACUUGGAGGUGGGAGUAGACGUUGGCGCAAUGGCCGAGGAAAAGCAGAAAUGCACCUGCGCUGACGUUGAACCGACACCUGUCAAAUACUGCACAAACUCGCUUCCAAAAAUGUUUAAAGACUCGGCGAAUCGCAAGACUAAGAUGUUGAAUCGGCAAGUACCUCCUCACAAAGUAGCUCCCGACGGCACUUUAGUUCACUACUGGUGUGAUAUGCCGACAAGAAGAGCAUCGUUCAGUGGUCCCAGUUAUGAGCUGGACGAUGGAGCAUACAACCCGCUGUGGACAAUGAGAGGCUUUACACAGACAUUCCACUUCUGGAAAGAGAACAAGAGAGCUCAGUCCGUGCCUCUCAACGCCUUCCUCACUUACAUAACGUUACCAUGGUGGACCAUAGCUAAAGAUAUCCUAGAUCACAGGGAGGAGCCCAUACUGACAUUCUAGUCACACCUCCUCUACAGCCUCGGUCGUGCC